AGGUAUUUUGGCUCAAGGCGAGCCAGCUUGGCCCAGAGGGAUACGCACGAUGCCACGAUAAAGUAUCCCCAGACAUUGUCAUACUUUACGCCAGGGGCCAUGCGUUUGAAAGGCUCACGUGCAGGCACAGGCCAGCACGCUGUGAGGAGGCAGAACUCGCUGCAGCCGCCCGUGCCGCUCGAGGUGUUGUUGACUUGGUGCCCGAUCCGGCUGCACAGCGAUGGCGAGUGGCUCUUGGUAUACCUCGGGGACUUGGACAUCUGUGCCCUGGACGACUCUGGCUGCACAAUGCAGGAGCUGCUAGACUUGUGCUCCGAGCGCCUGGACGCUCUCGACGUCGAGGGCGGCGCUGGCUUCGCGGCGGUGGUGGACCUCCGGAGUGCGACCCCGGCGCAGCUGGGCUCCAAGUGGUGGCAGGUGUUUCUGCCGGCUUUCGUCGACCGCAUCGUCACGAGCUCUCGAGGGGCCCCUGGUGCCGUCUACGUGGUGCGCGGUGGCCGGACGGCGCAGCUGGCGGCAUCGAGGCUGCUGCAUCCACUCAGGCAAGUGGGUGUGCACGUCUACGUUGGCCACGACGAUGUAAAGGACCAGGAAGUACUGGUGAAGGCCGACCUGGGCGACGUCCUCGAGCAGAUGCGCAGGGACGAGACUUGCCCGGACGACUUCGCACUGAGACCUCGCACCCUGGGCCGCAGCGCCACGCUGCUGGCGGCCGUCCUGGCGACUCUGGCCUCGGCGACUCUCGCAGGAUCGUCUGUGGCUGCGGCGAUGUUCCUGGUGGGGCUGGGCAGACGGAGGGACAGAGCAUGAUGUUAAGAAUGUCUGAGUGCCAGGGCCAGACAGAGGCAGCUGGACGGUCCGAGGGGCGAAGGUGACGAGGAUCAGGGACGGAGGGGCUGACAGACAGGUCAAUGAAUACAGACUUCCAGCAGGGGGGCGAAAACACGUAGAGGCGAGACAAGACCAGAUGCACGUGUUGACGUUACGUCCACACGAGGGAGUGAGGUACUGGCGCCUCACGCCCAUCCGCGUCAGAUCGGGUGCUUGCGGUUGGUUUUGGCCACAAGUUUGCACAGUUCAGUAUUUGUACCGCCGGCCUUGCCCACACCCCGACCUCCACAAACCCUCCACAGACCCCUCGGGGAAUCUGGUCACCGACACCACCUGACAAUAUCCCCCUCACAGGCGAGCUGUCGCGAACCCUCUCACAACCAGUCUUCGGCAUCAGAUGUUUCUCAAAGUCUCGUGCAGAUCUCGCGCCAUCGCUCGCUUGCUCCCAGUCCGCCCACGAUCUGGAAAAGGUCACGCUCUGUGCUCGGCAUCGCUCUGGCAUGUGCGUUUGUUUUCACCGAAAAACACCCUGGAUCAUCGAGCAGAAACACACACACACACGAAACCGAACAAUUCAUGGGGAACGGCAGGCGCGUCGGCCUCCUGCGGCCCCCAACAGGCUCCCAAGAGGCACCCGAGGUGGACUGCUCUUCCCCUGUCGGCCGCAGCACGAGCCGCAGGCCCGCCCGCCACGUCCAUGCCGAGCUCAUCGCCAGUUAGUCGAUCACGCCCGUGCGAAGGUUCGUCUAGUGGUUUCCGCUCGACAGACAGAGAGAGAAGAGGGAACAAAAUAAAGAGAGAGAGAGAGGGAAAGAGAGAGAGAGAGCCUGAGUCCCAGGUUUUCCGCGCGGCGAGCGCAGCGAAGCAGGGGCGCCGCUGCCCCGCCCACUACGGCGGAAGGCGCACCCGCGCCCCAAGGACAGCGCGGGAGCUUCAGUGGGGCAAGAGGGACGUCAGAGUGAGCUACAGUCAACGCGCCCAAUAAGGGCGCGCGCCUUCAUCUAGGGCACCUUUGAGUCCUAGUGUCUGCGGCCCGUCUUCUGCCGUUUUUGCAGGUCGCCCGCCGCCCAACCGAUCCCAACUUCGGCCUCCAAGGCUUACACCCGUCGUGAAUACACGCUUUGAUUGCGCGGAGAGAAAAGCGGCAGAGCGGGGACGGGGGAAGCCGAGAGGGGGUCUUGACGGACAGGGCGGGAGCACGUAGGAGGCACAGCCCCGGCCCGCGCGCGGCGAGGCAGGGCUCGCGGUCGGCCUCGCAGGCUCCGCGGCCGUGGCGCGGCGGGCCGCACCGCGGCCCUCUCGUACGUUUGCGGCUCCCGCUGGCCGAGGCCGGUGUGGGGCAUGUCCGGCCGUAUGAGAGUUGCGCGGCAAAUGCUCGGCCGCGCGCGGAAGGGGGGUCGGGGCCGCGCCCCCUCCACAUACCCCCUGGUGCGCGCCGCCAACGAGUGCUGCGUGGCAAAUGCGGG